CACAGCUCUUUUCAGGAUCGUGAUUUAUUCCACUUGGAUUUGUCCCGGCAUCAACAGAAUGACGGACAAGUCAAAAGGGAAAAAGGUGAAAAUUCGGCCAGGCCUUCCUUGGGGGAAAAAUGGGAAACCUUUACCUGAGAACAAUCAGGAAGGAGGUGUCAAUGAAGAGGACCAAAAUGACAACCCCUCAGUUCAGACCACCUUAAACACCCAUGAGGAACAGCAGAGUGUGAAAGAGACCACACUUCAGGAACUAGCCGAGCUUCUUCAGGUGACCCCUGGCGACAUCUCUGUGAGGCCUAACACCUCUGAGGAUGGAUCUUGUUGUGCAGUGCCUCACUCAGGACAGGAGAACCAGCAGAUUGUUGUUCGAUUGGUAAAAAGAUCUGUGAACAAGCAUUUUCCGAAGCCACCAGAAGAGCUGGAGCCGAACCUUCAGCAGCACCUGUUGGAAGUGGAAAGAGUCGUGCAGACUCAGCUUGAGGGGCUGGCUUCCCGAAUUACAUGUAAGGAGUUGAUGGGAUGUCUGCUUGAGUGCUACCAUCGUCAGACAAUUGAUCACCUGCAUGGUCUACUCCAGAACAUCAGCACCUCCAAGAAUUCCUUCAUGCUGUUAAAAUGGGUCCAACACACAUAUCUUAUUAUUAUAAGUCGGGACCUGUCGGGCGCUGCUUCCCCUCAAAGAGUGGAUAACAUAAAAUAUGUCGACCUCAUACUGUUCACUGAGUGGGUGACAAAAGCAAAGGACAAACUGCUUGAAAAUGUGCAGAAAGACGUCAGAGUAUCUCUGGAGGAAAUCCUGCAGAAUGAGAGACGCCAAGAAGGCGGUGAUAGUGACGAAGCUUUCAUUCAAUUGAAUGUGGACUCGAUUCAGUGCACCAAUGCCAUGUACAAAGAAGCAGAAACAGUCAGCAAAACACUGUCUGACCGUGUUCAGGAAGUUUGUUUCCAAGAGCUGCUGGUGUUUGUGAAGAAGUACAGCGCUGAGCAGACUGAGAUUCUCAGAGAGCAAACAGAAAAGGCCAAGCCAGACAUGAAACUCUUCCUGAAGACUUUGCAAAACUGUGAAGCUCUUAAGUGA